AUGAUGAUGCAGUUACAGGAGCAAGAAGAAUAUGAUGAGGAUGAAGAUGGUUACGAGGAAGAAGACGAAGUGCAUGAUGGAGAAGAUGAAAAUAUUAACCUGACUCAAGAUUUUGAAGACAUGCAUUUAGAGGAGAAAGGUGCACCUGACAUGAUGGACAACUUGGUCUUAGGCUUCAAUGAGGGUGUUGAGGUUGGGAUGCCCAAUGAUGAGUUUGAGAGAAGCUCAGGGAAUGAAGAAACCAAAUUUGUGAUACCACAAUCUUCAGAAGAACAGGGAUCUUUUGAUGCCAUGUGCAGUGAUGGGCAAACCCUUCUACCUGUGGAUGGUUCUACUCAAGUGAACAUUGAUAAUCCUUCAAGAAUCUUCCAGGAAACAGAGAAGGUAAUUCAAGAUGUGGCAAAUCAAUCCAAAAAUGCUCAAACUUUAGCAUCGCCAGUGCUUAUGGAUUAUUCUGAUGCUUCUACUAGUUGUGGCUUGUCCAUUCAGCCCCAAAUCCAAUCUUCAUCUGGUCAUACUGUCAUGUCUAAUAUUCCAUUUGUUAGUAAUCAGCCUGAGGUACCUGUUAAGCUUCAGUUUGGGCUAUUUUCUGGUCCUUCUCUGAUACCUUCACCAGUUCCAGCAAUACAGAUUGGUUCUAUACAGAUGCCUCUUCAUCUGCAUCCCCCAGUCGGCUCAUCCCUCACGCACAUGCACCCAUCACAGCCUCCUCUCUUUCAGUUUGGUCAGCUGAGGUAUACAUCUCCCAUUUCACAGGGGGUUCUGCCUUUGAAUCCUCAAUCAAUGUCCUUUGUUCGGCCCAAUAUUCCAAGUAAUUUUUCUUUCAAUCAGAGUGUUGGAGGUGCUGUACCUAUUCAACCUGGUCAAGACACUGUGAAAAGCAAUGUUUCAUCAAUUUCAAUGGAUAAUCAACGAGGCCUUCCGCGACACUCGGAACUAUCUCAUAUGGUAGUGAAAGAAGGAAAUUCAUUGCCACUGAGAGAGAGAGCUGAUAGCACUAUAGAAAUACACCAGGGUGAAGGAGAUUGUUCUCACAGUGGUGAUGGCAAUUUGAGGCCUGAAUCAGGUUUUCAAGCAGAAAAUUCAUUUGUAAAGAAUUUCAACACCGUACCCCCUCAAGAAUUGGAAGGCCAGCCUCAAACUGUGGAAGUAUCAUCUCUAUUAGUUCCUAAAGAAAAAGAUUUAGGAGUUUCAAAGGGUCCAGGCUUAAUAUCAGGCGGGAGAGGGCGAAGGUAUGCCUUCACAGCAAAAAAUUCUGGCUCAAGAUCAUCAUAUCAGGCUUCUGAGGUUUCUCGCUCAGAUUCUAGUGGAUUUCAGAGGAAACCUCGACGUCUGCGAACAGAAUUUCGAGUUCGGGGAAAUUCUGAUAAGAAGCAUUCUGCUGGAUUGGAGGUAGAUGAUAAAUCUAAUAUCAGUGGUGGGCGCGCUGGUGCGAGAAGUGGGUCUAGGAGGGUGGUUGUUGCCAAUAGACAACCAAAACAGACAUUUGAAUCAGAGGGCUCAACUUCAAGGCCAGUAAGUUCACAGGAGAUGGAUUCUCGAAGCAGGGUUGAAAAGGGAAAAGAAUCUUUGAGAAAGAUUCAGAACAUCUCUCACUCCAGAGAUGCUGUAGAUGCUCCUUUGCAAAGUGGAAUCGUGCGUGUUUUUGAGCAACCUGGCAUAGAAGCACCUAGCGAUGAGGAUGACUUCAUUGAGGUGAGGUCAAAGAGGCAAAUGUUGAAUGAUCGACGAGAACAGAGAGAGAAAGAAAUCAAGGCGAAGUCUCGGGUUUCAAAGAUGCCACGGAAACCUCGUUCUUUUUCGCAAAGUGCUACUGUGUCUUCCAUCUCAAAUAACAAUUGUGCACCAGUUGGUGGAGAGGCAUCAAACAGUAUUCGCUCUGAUUUUGUGGCACCUGAGGGGCAUGGCUUGGCAAACAUUGAAGUAUCCCCUGGAUUCAAUACACCCAUAGUGUCCCAACCAUUGCCUCCAAUUGGGACCCCUGCAAUGAAAACUGAUGCUCAGGCUGUCAAGUCCUUCCAGACAAGCUCCUUGACUGUUGUGAAAGGUGGUGGAAAGAACCUUGCUUCAGGUUUAAUUUUUGAUAGCAAGAAUAAUGUUCUUGAAACCGUCCAAACAUCUUUGGGCUCUUGGGGUAGUUCACGGAUUAACCAACAGGUUAUGGCACUAACACAGACUCAACUUGAUGAGGCUAUGAAGCCUGUGCAAUUUGAUUCACAUUCAUCUGUUGGUGAUCCAACCAACACAGUUAGUGAGCCCAGCUUGCCAUCAUCAUCCCUUUUGAGCAAGGACAAGUCGUUUUCUUCUGCUGUUAGCCCAAUCAAUUCAUUGCUUGCUGGGGAGAAAAUUCAAUUUGGUGCUGUUACAUCUCCUUCAAUUCUUCCUUCUAACAGCCGUGCUGUUUCUCAUGGGAUUGGCCCUCCUGGUCCAUGUCGAUCAGACAUUCACCUGUCACAUAAUCACUCUGCUGCUGAAAAUGAUUGCUCUCUUUUUUUUGAAAAAGAGAAACACUCCAACGAAUCUUGUGCUCAUUUGGAAGAUUGUGAAGCAGAAGCAGAAGCAGCUGCUUCAGCUGUUGCUGUUGCAGCCAUUAGUAGUGAUGAGAUUGGUGGGAAUGUGCUGGGUGCAGGCCCUGUCUCUACUUCAGACUCCAAAAAUUUUGGAGGUGCAGAUCUUGAUAGCAUAUCAACGGGUGCUUCUGCUGAUCAGCAAUUAGCAAGUCAAUCAAGAGCUGAAGAGUCUCUUAGUGUGGCUCUUCCAGCUGACCUUUCAGUGGAGACUCCACCAAUUUCCUUAUGGCCAUCUUUGCCAAGUCCACAGAAUUCUGCUAGUCAGAUGCUUUCGCAUGUUCCUGGAGCUCCACCUUCUCAUUUUCCCUUCUAUGAGAUGAAUCCGAUGAUGGGAGGACCAAUCUUUGCUUUUGGGCCACAGGAUGAAUCAGCAUCUACUCAAUCACAAUCCCAAAAAGUAAAGCAUCAGUUUCAGGUCCACUGGGGGCCUGGCAACCGCAUUCUGGUGUAG